AGUUCUAUCUCCAGUUCACUCUUUAGGCAUCAUCAGUAUACUUUCACGCUCCUUCCUCGUUUCUGGAGGAGAACGCAACGAAUCGAACAAUAAGGGGACGAAGGUGCACCUUCAAGGGACGCAUUUAUAGCGUCUUGGGCUUACGAAGAACACUUGCUUGUUCGGAGAGAAAAGCCGGCCGCAAUAGCCCACCUAAACACAGGCAGAGAAACUACAGCCUUGGUCAUGAGGCUCCAACAUAUCACUAUCCUCGCUGCUGUUGCUGCAGUCACCGUAGCCAACCCGCAUGCUUACGUGCACCGCCAUGCCUAUGGGGCCGCCAAACGCGAUUCUCGACCCGACCAUGUUGUGUACGUACCCGCAGCGACCGAGACUGAGAUCGUCUACGUGCUUGAUGGACAUUCCAUCUCCGAGGAGGAAGUCCGCCAAGGUAUCGCCAACGGCACUCUCAUGUGGGGAGAGGACGGUAACCUCUCAACGUCAAUAAUUAGUCCCGUCUUUUUGACCACCCCUCCAUCAGUACCAGAUCGCCACGCUCAGUCUGCUGAGGCGAGUUCGGGACCCAAGCUCCAGGAGUCCAAGUCGUGGGAACUUGCACCGCCGGCCGAGACGCCGUCAAGUAACCCCACCCCGCAUCCGUCUCCUAACCCAUCAAUGGUGCAUCAACAGGACACCUCAUCAAAAGCAUGGGCUGACCUAGUCGACAAGAAUGGUCACUGCUCUUCUUGCGACAAAGAAUUCCCCAAUGGCAAGAUUCCAUGUAGUGAAUUCCCGUACGGCUAUGGCGCCCUGCCACUCGCACACGAAGGCCUGGGAGGUUGGUCUGGGAUUCAAGACCCACAAUACCGUGGAGUGGAUGGCUUUGAUGACAUUUACACUGUUCGAAAAGGCUCGUGUAACGACGGUUCCUGCUGCACAGCCGGUAACUUUUGUUCGUAUGGCUGUCCAAAUCCCUACCUCAAAUUGUCAUUCCCAAAGAAGCAGGGUAGAACUGGACAGUCCGUCGGUGGCUUGUACUGCAACGAACACAACUACUUGGAGAUGGCAGAGGGUUCUAUCGGCAAGACACUUUGCGGCAAGGGCUCCACGAGCAUGACGAUCAAGGUAGAAAACAAGCUUUCGAAAUCCGUCUCUUUUUGCCGCACCGACUAUCCAGGCACUGAGUCAAUGACCUUCCCGCUCACCCUAGGCCCCGGUGAGACCGGCUUCCUUGCCAAUCCCGACCAAGCCAAAUACUACUUCUGGCAAGGCAAAGCAACCUCAGCCCAAUACUACGUCAACAAGCAAGGAGUGCCCGAGAGCGAGGCAUGCACUUGGGGUGAGACCAUGAAGGGCAAGGGAAACUGGGCGCCCACAAUCUUCGGAACUUCUUGGGACGACAUCAAUAUGAACAGAGGUUAUUCCAGUCUAUCACAAAAUCUGGAUUGCAAGCAAGAGAGACUCGACUACGACAUCACCUUCACCGGCGAUGGCGUUAUCUCUCCUUGCAGGUAUAAGAGUUCCACCAAUCAGUAUUGUCAAGCAGAUACGUGUUUCGACGAUAAGGAUCGGGGCUGCACGGCCUCCACAAACCUUGGUGGCACACUCAUCAUCAUCCUCUCAGAUGACUGAACCUUCUCAAGGCCGCCUACUUUGGGUUUCUAUGAAGGUUUCGAGCCUUACCCCCUUUUCAGCCGUCUCUAGCAGACGAAUUCUGGUUGAUACUUUCACAAUGUCGAUGAUCCCAUGUGCAGACUAUCACGAUACAAAUCUCGGCGGGUUUUUGGAGGAUGU